ACAGGAAACCAAGACGAAAAGACCAAAGGCUGAGGAGAAAAAGAAAAAAAAAACAUCAAAAAGUCCUCGUUCGCGUGAACUCUCCUCGCCUCGGCUCUCCUUCUGUCCAAACCCUAGCCAUUGCCUUUUUCACAGGACCACAUUAAAAUUACUACUCCACUCUUCUUUGAUCUCUCUAAUUCACUUUCUCUCUCUCCACACUCGUUAUUCAAUUUCAACAAUUUUUCAUCUUUUCAAUUCAAUUCAACUUGUCGCGAUAUCCAACAAUUCUUUUUGAAACAGAAUUUUCAGGUCAAAACCUCAACAUUUCUUCAUUAAGCCAAUUGAGAAAAAGAACUUUGUCUAUUAAAAAGAGUGAGGGUUGGUGUUUAAACUAUAGGAGAAGUGAGUAGUGGGGAGUGAAAAGGUACAAAUAUUGGGUCCUGUGAUCUUUAAGAGGAUUAAUUGGCAAGAGUUUUUGUAUCCAUGUCAAAGGUAAUGGUUCACCAUCUCAUAAAACAUUGAUUAUGGAUCCUGAAAGCAAGAAGUUUGGAAGUGGACCAAGAGAGCUGACUGGUGCUGUUGAUCUUAUAAGUCAUUUCAAGUUGGUGCCUCACCACGAGUUCUUUUGUAAGCGGUCACUUCCUUUGUCAAUUUCUGACACACAUUAUCUUCACAAUGUGGUGGGAGACUCUGAAAUCAGAAAAGGGGAUGGUAUGCAAUUGGAUCAGCUUAUCCAGAAUACCUCCUAUUCCCGAGAUAGCAAUGCACGUAUUCAACCAUUUGAUUUAGAUGUACUCAGAGAGGCCUUCCAACUGAAGGAAACCACUCCUAUAGAUUUGCCUCCUGCUGAGAAGGGGACACCUACUAUUGCAGCAAAAUCAAAAAGUGAGUCCAAAGACAAGGAGAGGAAGCAUAAAAAGCACAAAGAUAAAGAUAAGAAGGAGGAUAAAGAGCAUAAGAAGCAUAAACACCGUCAUAAAGAUAAAGAUAGAAGUAAAGAUAAAGACAAGGAGAAGAAGAAGGAUAGAAGUGGGCAUCAUGACUCCGGUGGUGAUCACUCUAAAAAACAUCAUGAUAAGAAAAGGAAGCAUGAUGGAGAUGAAGAUCUUAAUGACGUUCACAAGCACAAAAAAAGUAAGCAUAAGAGCUCAAAAAUUGACGAAAUUGGGGCGAUAAAGGUAGCUGGCUGAAGUGGUCAAAGUACUAGUUGUUCAUUUGUUGUCUGAAUGGUUGUUGAGAGUCUGGAAGGGAUUUUCACUUUAGCUAGUCAAAUUUUUUGAAAGAUAAAGCUUCUGGCAAAAAACAACAGUCAUGAGCUAGCAUUGAGGAUUCUUAAGGUUUCUUAUUUUUAUGCAGGUUAGGUUCUGAACUGACUGAAAAAUGUGAAGAUGGUGAAUUCACCUGACAAAGGAUUGGAUGCAGGUUAAAAAUUUCUGAAAAAUGAACUUUGUAUCAUAACUACAAUUAUAUAUUGCUGGUAAUAGGAGAAACUUUAAUCCUUUCUUUUUUCUUCUCAGUUUUAAUGGUGCAUUGGAUAUUUCAGCGUGUACACAUUAUUGUAAUCAUUGUGCUUUUUGGAGUAGUCCAAAGCUUAGUCCCAUAAUCUGUCUCAAGUAGAAUUUGUAGUCUUGAAUUUGUAGGAACUAGGAAUAGCAGGUUUGAGAAAGAGGAUUUUGUAUAUUAAUUCCUUUGUUACUCCAUUGUUGUGACAAUGACCGAUUAAUCUUAGUUAACUCCAGGGCCUAGGACUGUUUUUUACUCA